AGCGCUUUAAUUUAGGUGAAAAACUGAAUGAAAAACAAAUCUUUUAAUGUGGCUGAUCAGCUCAUGUGAUUGCAGUAGUAAACCACCUAUUUGCUAUGUUUUUGGUUAUAGCAUUCUAGUUUGUAUGGCUGAAAUUUCUAUUGAAGUUAGUAUCAAUUCUAAUUUCCAUGACUAAACAUAGACGUGAUAUGCAAAUGCGAUACAUCUAAUAUAAUACUACCCAGUAUCAAAAUAAGAACACUAACAUGAAACAUAUAAUAUUAAUGUAUUGGGUAUAUAUGUUACACAAUCUCUGCAGGUGGCAUAAAAAAAGUGAGCUAGACGAGGUAGCUGCAGUUGUUGAAGAAGUGUCACCGUCGGCCCAGCAUCAGGAAGCUCCAGCACCGCCAGUGUCGAGGUUUCCCCAGGCCCAGCCGCAGCCACUGGCGCAGCAGCCUCUGGUGCCGUCUCCGUUGGGGCUCAGCCGGUACGAGUCACAGAAGUGGCGUGACUGGAACACGUUUCUGCAAUAUCUGCAGAACCACAGGCCGCCGCUGAAACUGGCAUGCUGCACCGGCGCGCACGUCAUCGAGUUCCUCCGCUACCUCGACCAGUUCGGCAAGACCAGGGUGCACCUUGAGGGCUGUGACUACUUUGGCCAGCCCAACCCACCGGUGCCCUGCGCGUGCCCGCUGCGCCAGGCCUGGGGAUCGCUCGAUGCACUCAUCGGCCGCCUCCGCGCCGGAUACGAGGAGUUCGGCGGCCGCCCCGAGUCUAACCCGUUCAUGGCCAAAGAUGUGCGCAUCUACCUCCGCGACGUGCGGGAGGCGCAGGCAAAGGCAAGCGGCAUCUCCUACGUGAAGAAGAAGCCCAAGCACGGGAGCACGGCAGCGUCUCCGGUCGCGCCGCCUCCUGUUGUAACUGCAGAGACCGCGGGGACGAUGUCAGGAGCCGCCGGUGAGGUGGACGACGACGACGAACCAUCGUCGUCUGUAGGUGAAUUGAGGCAGCGCCAGCGCAAGGUCGCCACUUCCGCUGGGGGCAUCCCCGCUCCCGCUGCCGCCGCGCGCGCGGCACAGCAGCCACCCACGCACGCGGAGCUGGAGCGUGUGCGCUGCGUCGGCAGCGGCGCCGGUGGGACGGUGUGGAUGGUGCGGCACCGUGGCACGGGGCAGCUCUACGCGCUCAAGGUGCUCAAAGGGAACCACAACUACGACGUGCGGCGCCAAAUCGCGCGUGAGAUCGCCAUCCUCCGCACCGCCGACCACCCGGCCGUGGUGCGCUGCCACGGCAUGUACGAGCACGGCGGGGAGCUGCAGAUCCUUCUCGAGUACAUGGACGGCGGCUCCCUCAACGGCCACCACAUCGCCACCGAGCCGUUACUCGCCGACGUCGCGCGGCAGGUCCUGUCUGGGAUCGCCUACCUCCACCGCCGCCACAUCGUGCACUGCGGCAUCAAGCCCUCCAACCUCCUCAUCGACUCGGCGCGCCACGUCAAGAUCGCCGAGUUUGGCGUCGGGCACAUCCUCAAACAGACCAUGGAGCCCUCCAACUCUUCCGUUGGCACCAUCGCCUACAUGAGCCCCGAGCAGAUCAACACAAACCUUAGCGAUGGCAGCUACGCCGGCGACGUCUGGAGCUUCGGCCUCAGCAUUCUCGAGUUGUACCUGGGCAGGUUCCCCUUCGGGGAGAACGAGAACCUCAGCAAGCAGGGGGACUUGGCCAACCUCAUGUGCGCCAUCUGCUUCUCCUAUCCGCCUGAGCCACCGCGCACCGCCUCGCCCGAGUUCAGGGGAUUCAUUAGCUGCUGCCUGAAGAAGAACCCGGCCAAGCGGCUGACGGCCGCGCAGCUACUGCAGCACCCUUUUGUCGCAAGCACGCAGCCGCAGCCGCAGCUCCUUGCUGCUCCUCCCCUGCCAUGAUCACAGUUUCGGAUUGGGAGUAGAGUAUGGAUCUCAUCUCAGUUUGGCCUUGGCUGCAGGCAGUGUGGACUCCAAUAGGUGGCAUUCCCAUGUCUGUCAGGUGUAUACUUGGAACUUGGACGGAACUGAUGUCUGAAGGGAAUUGGCUGUCCAGUUUUGGUGGUCUUCUUUCCAUCAUCGUCGUCCUCAUCCAUCCAUGGUGGCUGCUGCUACUGCUGCUGUUAAGGAGAACCCCCUUGAUGUUCUUCAAACCAAUUUUGAGUGUUGUGUCCAUCAUCAAUUCAUCGCCAGGGUCGUCCUCAACCAGCUCCUCACUACCAUUAAGGUUCUUUCUCCUUCCUGUUAUUUGAUGAUGUUCUUUACUUCCAGCGAUUAUAUAUAGCAUAACGAGAGAGAAAAAAAGUAUGGGCAAAUGAUUUUGUAAAAGAUCAUAUCAAAUUUCAAGUGCAGAGAGGUCCACUUCGUACCAAUUUUCAUUGUUCUAAAAAAGGAACUUCAACUUUUCUUUUCUUUUUUAUCUCCAAUAAUCUCCAUGUAGGAGAGCUGUCACAUGAACUGGCAAUUAUGCUAGGCUGCUAGCAUCUCUCUGUGAUAGUUUUGGCACAUAAUUGGGUGACGAUGAUUGAACACAUGAUGAUGCUAUAUAUAUAGUAGAU